UACGCGCUUUUAAACUACUGAACAUAACACGUUUACUUUAUUUUUACACAGCCCGUUUUGAGUCCGGUGUUCGGUAAUAAGACGCCAUGCUGCUGUUGGUGUUGAGCUGGCUCUGUUGCGCCCUCAUGGCGGCUGUCUACGGCGGAACGCUGGCCGAAGCGGAGGUGAAGAUAGAAGUUCUGCACAAACCUUUCCUGUGUCGCCGGCAGUCCAAAUAUGGAGACAUGCUGCUCGUCCACCAUCAAGUAUACUUUGAGAAUGGAACCUUGUUUCAUGACAGUCGCGCUAACUCUGCUGAUGGCGACAAACACGCCAUGUGGUUCACGUUGGGCAUCAGGGAGGCCGUCGCAGGCUGGGACAAAGGCCUGCAGAGCAUGUGUGCUGGAGAGAAGAGGAAGCUGACCAUACCUCCUGCCCUCGCUUUUGGGAAAGAAGGCAACGGUAAAAUCCCUCCUGAAAGCACUCUGAUCUUCAUGGUCGAGCUGCUGGAGAUCAGAAACGGGCCCAGGUCGCACGAGUCCUUCCAGGAGAUGGACCUGAACGACGACUGGAGGCUUUCCAAAACUGAGGUGAAAGAAUACCUGAGGAAGGAGUUUGAGCGGCACGGCUACCCUCCCAACGACACCGUGCACGAGAACAUGGUGGCGGACAUUUUCGCCAAGGAAGACGAGAACAAAGACGGCUUCAUAUCCUCCAGGGAGUUCACUUACAAACACGAUGAACUUUAAUCGCCUGUUUUUGCGAGCUCAUCCGGAUGUUUUUGACAACGACUUAAAAGCGCUCCCUUCAAAAUUAUUUGAAAAGAAUAGCCCCUGCUUACCAGAUUCUCGUAUCGUCACUAGAACCCAUGCAGACGUCCAUCAUGAGAGGACGCACGUAAAUGUCUCAAGAAGCCAUAUGAGCUUGAGAGGUGCUGGAAAGAGGAAAGAGAGAAAGUGCCCAAAGAGAGGUGCGCCAAACUUGUGGCAUCGUAUUCCAAAAGACUUGAGGUGUCAUUGCUGCCAAAGGUGCAUCAACUAAGUACUGAGCAAAGGCUCUGAAUACUUAAGUGAUUUUUGAGUUUUAUAGUACAUUUGCAAAAAUGUAUACAUUUCGGGUUUUUUUCUGUCAAGAUGGGGUGCGGAGUGUACGUUCAUGAGAAAUAAAAUGAACUUUUAUGAUUUUAGCAAAUGGCUGCAAUGAAACAAAAAGUGACAAACUUAAAGGAGUCGAAAUACUCUUCCGACCCUGUGUGUGUG